UUCUUUUUUUAUGACCUUUUCCUUCUUUCUUAGUUUGUGUUGUUUGUUGCUUCCUUACCGAGGGCUGAGUCAGGGCAGAGUCUGAGUUCAAUGGAGCUUUACUCCCAGAUUCUAGUGAUAUUUCUAGCGUUUUGGAUUUAGAACAAAUCAAGAGAGGUGAGGGAGAUGAGGAACAAGAGACAGGAAAGACUUCAGACACAGGCUGGGAAAUGGUUCCAAAAGGCCAGUGCUGGAGGAAGAAACGGCAGGGGAGCAACAGGAAGCCUGAACCUUAAGCUAUGUGAAGCCAAUCCCUCUGCUCUGCAACAACCUGGACUAGAUGAUGAUCCUUUAAAAAUGAAUUUUGGUUUUUGGGCAUCAAGGAUGGCGACAUCCCGUCGGGGGGUGCGUAAUACCCGGAAGCUGCGUCAGUGGGCUGUGGAGCAGGUGGAGAGUGGGAAGUUCCCGGGGGUGGUCUGGCAUGACCCCCCUCACAAGACCAUGUUCCGCAUCCCGUGGAAGCACGCUGGGAAGCAGGAAUUCCGACACGAAGAGGAUGCUGGUUUUUUCAAGGCUUGGGCAAUCUUUAAAGGAAAGUACCAGCCAGGGGAGCGCCUCGACCCUGCCUCUUGGAAGACACGCAUCCGCUGCGCUUUGUCCAAGAGCCCUGAGUUUGAGGAGGUGCGCGAACACUCCCAGCUGGGCACUGCAGAGCCCUACAAGGUCUACCGCCUGGUGCCCCUGCCUGAGCAGUGUCUUGGGAGCCAAUCUAAAGCGAGGAAGGCAAAGGCGCCGAGGUCAGAAACUUCCAACAGGUCUUCUGGAAAGGGGAAUGGCAAUCCUGAUGGUAGCGUCCCUCAGCCGACUGCCGCCCUUUGCAACCUGAAGAUGGAAUCGAGUUCUGGGUCAGAAGCCUUGCCCAGCCAUGCUCCAAGCGCCUUUGCCUCUUUGGACGUCCAGAAUGGGGAGACGAGCCCUCAGCCCAGUGAGACAGCGUUGGCUGACAAUGAGAUUCUUCUCCACUGGAUGCCAGCAGUCGCCCAGACAGUGCCCGUGGCAGAGAUGGGAACAGAGAACUUUGUUCUGCUGUCUGUCUCCUACAGCGGUGAGGUGGUCCUGAGACACUUGCUCCCAGAGGGCGAGUUUCUGAUCACGUCUCUCGCUGCCUCUCCGAGGACUCCCGCUAGCAGCAUGCGCCGCGUGGUGCUGCCGCCCCCGUCCAGAAUCAAGGACCCUCAGAAGCAAGGGGACACUCUUCGGCUGCUGAAGGAUCUGGAGCGAGGCGUGAUGGCGGCCAGUAACCUGAAAGGGAUAUUCAUCCAGUGCCGAGGCAAAGCCAGCAUCUCCUGGCAUGGACCACAGGGCCUCCAGCCCCAUGGGAAGCUGGAGAGUAAUGCCUACCUUCAGCUGUUCAGCACCAAGGACUUUAAGUCAGCCUUGGAGGAAUACCGUCUGGGCCUCAGGCCUCUGCCUGAGCACCAAGUUACUCUCUGCGUAGGAGAGGAAUUGGCAGAGAAUGACCAUGUGGACAGCAAGCUCAUCAUCAUCCAGAUGGAACAAAUCUUUGCUCUGGAUGCUGUCUCUCCUCCUGGAACCCUUCAUACGGCACAGACAGCUUCUGCCCAGAUCCUCUUAGUCACUUCAGGCGUCUCAGCCUGAGCAAUGAGAAGCUUUUAAUCCCUGCCUGCUCCUGGGGAGUCCGAACACUGAGAAGACAAAGCACCUUGCCUUGCACAUUGGCUUUGGGGCAGCACUUUGUGGGGCUUGUAACCCGUUUGGGUGAGCAGGCCCAUCUGGAACCUUGAACUGUUUCUCGGGGUGGCAUUUCCUCUCUUCUUUGUGGUUUAGGGCAGGACCUCCUACUUUGCUCAUUCCUGCACAUCAACCAACUUCUACCUGUAAAUUUGUGCUCGUUAUAUAGAAACAUAUUAAACACUAGAGCAUAAACCAAGAGUCAGUGCCCAGUAA